GCCUCGCUCUGCUCGUGCGUCCCACACGGAGGAGCUGCUGUGGUGCGUUAAUACCUCUGUGUUUCCACGGUGCAGGAUCUGGAUUUAAAUCACCUCGAGCUCAUCUCUCACUUGAACUGGAGACAUUGAACAGCAGGCUUUACACAGAGGCUCAUAAAGUUAACGGGCCGAGUUUGAGGUGGAGUUUGGGGUGAUCUGUUUCAGCCUCCACCAGCGCGCGGACCUCCUCCAGCUGCGGCGCAUCAUGGCGCUCCGGGCCAGGGCGCUUUACGACUUCAACUCGGAAAACCCGGGGGAAGUGUCGGUGAGAGAAAAUGAAAUCUUAACUUUGUACAGCGAGCAGGACAUUGACGGCUGGUUUGAAGGCAUGAACAGUAAAGGGGAGAGGGGUCUGUUCCCCGCGUCCUACGUCGAGAUCCUGAGGAGCGACGCCUCCACGUACAACAACAACAGCUGCAACACAUCUGGAGAAACAUACCCCGACUCCCGAUACGCCAAUGUCCCCUCUGGAGACUCUUCAUUUAAGCCUCCAAAUAAAGUGGAGAACUUUUCCAAACCGAAUCCUCCAGCCUUCAGCACGUUUGCAGUACCCCCCCAGCAGCAGCAGCACAGCUACAACCAGCAGAGCCAGGGCAGUGAUGAUGACUGGGACGACGACUGGGAUGACAACUCCACUGUUGCAGAUGAACCGGGGACAGUAGGGAGGUACAGAGACUAUGCAGGCAAUGGAUCAUCCACCUAUAGCCUGUCCACCACAUCACACAGAGGGAAUACACAGGGCAAAGGCUCUGCCACAGUCAGCAGAAACCUCAACAGGUUCUCCACUUUUGUCAAAUCAGGAGGAGAGGCAUUUGUGCUUGGAGAGGCAUCCGGUUUUGUUAAAGAUGGGGAUAAGAUUUGUGUGGUAAUGGGACAGUAUGGGCCAGAGUGGCAGGAAAAUCCAUACCCAUUUACAUGCGCUAUAGACGACCCCACAAAACAAACCAAAUUCAAAGGUAUGAAGAGUUAUAUUUCCUAUAAACUCACUCCUACUCAUACUCAAACCCAAGUGAACAGAAGAUACAAACACUUUGACUGGCUGUAUGCACGUUUAGUGGAGAAGUUCCCUGUGAUCUCUGUGCCCCACAUCCCAGAGAAACAAGCCACGGGUCGUUUUGAAGAGGACUUUAUCUCCAAGAGGCAGAAGGGUCUCAUGUGGUGGAUGAACCAUAUGACCAGCCACCCUGUACUGGCACGGUGCGACGUAUUUCAGCACUUUCUUACCUGUAACAGCACAGACGAGAAGGCAUGGAAGCAGGGUAAAAGAAAGGCAGAGAAGGACGAAAUGGUUGGUGCAAAUUUUUUCCUCACAAUCAGCACACCAGCUGCACCUCUAGACUUUCAGGAAGUGGAGAGUAAAAUAGACGGUUUCAAAACUUUCACAAAACGCAUGGAUGAUAGCACCUUGCAGCUCAAUGCUACAGUCAACGAGUUUGCACGUAAGCAGAUCAGUGGUUUCAAGAAGGAGUAUCAGAGAGUGGGAUUUUCAUUCAAAAUUCUGAGCCAGGCUUUUGAAAUGGACCAGCAGCCGUAUUCAUCCAGACUCAACCAGGCCAUUUCAUUCACGGGUGAUGCGUACGAAGCAAUUGGAGACUAUUUCGCAGAGCAGCCGAACAAAGACCUGGAUCCCAUUAUGGAUUUGUUGGCUCUAUACCAAGGACACUUAGCAAAUUAUCCAGACAUCAUCCACGUUCAAAAAGGAGCCUUGACCAAAGUGAAGGAGAGUCAGAAGCACGUGGAGGAGGGGAAGAUGGACCCGUCUCAGGCUGAGGGCAUCAAUGAGCGCUGCAACAUCAUCUCCUGCGCCACACUGGCCGAGAUCCAGCACUUCCACCACAUCAGAGUGAGAGACUUCAAGGCUCAGAUGCAACACCACCUCCAACAGCAGAUCACCUUCUUUCAGAAAAUCACCAGCAAGUUAGAGGAGGCUUUGCAAAAGUAUGACAACGCUUAACAGACAUUUUACUGUCAGUGUGAAGACUUACAGACCUAUAGGAGAACACAAAGACUUAAACAAAUGUGCCUAUAAUGUGGACAGAUACAAACGGCUGUGCCAUUUUAUUUAAACAAAAAUGUACAUGAAUGAAGUUACCCAAUCUGACUUUUGAAAUCCUGUAAUAAUGAAGGUGCUUAAAUUGUGUCCAGUUGUUUUUAAUACACGGUGAGGCCUGCUGCUGCUAUUGUACUCCAGGUAUUAGCCUUAUACUGUUUUAGCACAGUAGUGAAAUGAAGGAUUAGCUCCUGUGGCUAACACACUGCCUUCUGGGAAGUCCAUGCUGAGGAGUGCCACCCUACGUUCUCCUUGUUUACUGUCAGCUCACCAAGCAACCGCUGCCCCCGUCACGCGGUGCCUUCUGACAUUACUGUCAGUUUGUUUUUAGUUACUAAAAAGUGUAAUGUAUUUGUUUUGCAAAAUACUACUUCAGUUUUUACCAUACAGUGCGUUGAGGUAUCACAGUUCAGUGCAGUUUUAAGAGUUAAUGAUUUCAAGCACACGGCGUGACCAGAUUCAGACUCAUGCAAAAUGAUUAUAAAAAUGAUGUCUCAUAAUGGUGUUGUCAUUGUUUACAGAUGAAGAGAUCUUUUAUUAAAGUUUUAUAGAUGUUAACCUGGUAUCACAGGAGGUCAAAAUAAAUUCAUUUGCUGUAUCUAAA